AUGGCCUGGAAUGGACAGCAGAAACAGCAGAACAAAAAGUUGACGUUUGGAAAAGUUUCAGAUAUUAUCUAUCAUCAUCUAUCCAACUUGGCCACGGAGCUCAUCACAACCCACGAGAUGUCGCCUACAGCAGAUAUGCAUGGACAGAACCAGGCCCCUUCUCCGCCCGUCGUGCCGCCUUCUAAUGAGGCCCCUUCUGGAGGGACAACUCACCCUCAAGAGAAUACGCAAAGAAUGAGCCCAGAACUGGCUAACCUACUCCAAGCUUUGACCAAGCUCCACCAAGGACCCAAGCGACGGGUGCUGCGGAAGGAAAGCAGUUGGUUCGACGGCCUCGAUGCCAGUGACUGGCUAGAAGAGUUUGAACUAGACCUUGAGCGCGAGGAAGUCCAGAAGCGGGACUGGUGCAAGGAAGUUGUCGCGAAUUCCAAGAAAGACGUUCGCUCUCGGCUUCGACUGCUGGAUGGUUACGAGACUGGUAGCUGGGAAACAUUUAAAAGGCACCUGCUAGAUGAAUUCAGUGACUCAGAUAGUAGGAUGAUGAAAAUGAGUGUGGGUUACUUAACUAUCCUGGCUCAAAGUAUGCGAGAAGAAAGGAUUAUGACCCCUCUGGCUUAUGUGGGCGAGUUCAAGCAGGUUGGGCUGCGAAUGAUUCAUGAAGGGCGAAUCGGGAGCCAUCAAUUGAUCCAAAUUUUCCUUAAAGGAUUCUCCGAGAAUAGAAGGGACCAAAUCUUGGAUGCGAUUGGUGACUUGCCAACACCAGCAGGAGAAAAACGUAGGGCCUUGCCUGAUUUUGCAUCUGUGCUGAUUGCGGGGAAGCAAGUCGCACAGAGCAUGCAGUACGGAUGGCAAGUCGAGAAAGAGGGCCCCAUUGGAGGAGAUCCUAAAGCAAUACUGAAGAAGCAGUACCCAGGUGUUACACGGCGGAAUGCUGACCCUACUAAGCUGGAUAAAGAUUUGAAACAGUGCAUCAACAACCUUCGUAUUGGAGCGACAACAGUUGAGAGUCUAAAGCAGCGGAUAGCAGUGUGUGAGGAUCCGGUACUGAAGAGUGGAAAACAGAACAGUACUCAGAUGGGUCAUAUCAUCUCCUAUGUCGAAAGCCUGUUCCCUACGACCACCCAAGGAAUGUACGCGAAUCAACAGGCUCGGGAACCCAUAUCGUCUGUAGGGCAUAUCCGCAAUAUGGCACCUGCGGGACAGACCAGUCGACUCCAGGAACUAUGGUGCUGCGCAAACGACAAUCAGCCACAUAGGCAUGCAACUGGAUGUCCUCUCCUGCAACCCCUGAUGGAUAGCAGACAGAUCCACUGGGAUAAAGAUAUUAAGGCCUUUCGUUGGGGUGCCAUUGGCAGCGGUGGGGACACAAUUCCGUUAGCCAGGUUCAGCCAGUGUGGGAAGACCCAGCGUCAGCAGAUUGACGAAUUGAUGGAAAAACGGCCUACAGCCGCGACAAACAGUGUCCAGGUCAUGGGUAAUGUAGGUGAAGAGGGAUACUUCAUGGAAUAUGACCGUGUGGCACGCGCAACAGUGGCCAAUGCAGUCACUCCGGAUAGCCAGCCUAUGAGAGCGACAGUCAAAACUGUGCGAAGCGGCCGGAUAUGCGAGAUUCAGGACGAGGAAGAAGAACCAUGUCUGGUCGCACCAGCUGCAGAGGUGAAAGGAAAGCCAACACUGCAAAAGUACUUGAAAGAGGUCCCACACGAGCAGACUGUGGUGAACUUCCUGGAACGCCUGAUGAACAGCACUGUGCAGGUAUCAAUGAUGGAAUCCCUUCAGCUAAUGCCUGAGAUACGCAGCGCCAUGUAUCGCUCACUACCUCCAUCGAUCGCAAAUGAGGUACAGGACCAAUUAGCUGCGGCGAAGGAAGCUCGUAGAGUGCGCCUGGAAAAUCAGGGGAAGCAGAAAUCGAGAACGGCAGGAAUAAAGCAAGAAGAGAUGGUGAUUGGGGCUCUAUAUGGCGGUGACCUUGCUGUGAGGGAACUUACCAGUGAUUAUAUUGCCCAGCAGGACAGGCUAAAUAACCGUCAACGGAUUGCGUCACCCUUGCCCAUGGUGCUCAUACGGGCUGGAUCUUCAAGGCAGGAAGUGAAGGCGUUGAUUGAUACCGGCGCGAGUACAAAUUGCAUGAGUGAAGAAUUCGCGCAUGAGAAUGGGUUGGUGCUCAAUCAGAUUUCGCCUGGAAUGCUGACCUUGCAGGACAUGAGGGCAGCAAACCAGGGCAAGAUGCAUUGUGUUGGGUGGGUAGCAACCCGACUGCACCUGGUUGGGUCAGAAAUCAGCUAUGAUCCGGUAAUUUUCGCAGUCUUCAGAAACCUGAGUCUAGGGAUCAUCCUGGGAAAUGACUGGAUAUCUAUAGCGCAGCUCGAGACGCAUCAUAUGGGAGAUGGGAGCUGCAUCUGUAGGGCACAUGCUCCGGAUGGCAGUAAGAGCGUGAGAUGGGUAGCAGCUAAGGCUAUCACAGAAUAUCCUGCUAUGAGAAGCCCUGCCGAAGACAGUGAGGAAAUGGAAGAGAUAGCGGGAAACGAGUAG